GACACAAAAUUCACCAUUUUUAAACAGUCGAACUCCUCGCAUUCUCUCUCCUUCUUCUUCUUCUUCUUCUUCUUGUUCUUCAUCUCGCCAGAUCUCUCUCUCUCUGUCAUCGGCGUCAAGUUCGCCGGAGCAAUUCCCGUGGCCUGGGAUGGCGGCGACUCCCGGCGCUUUCUUGUUCCGCGCGCAUCUCGCCGGCAAUGCCGGCUCAGAUCUAGUGUCAAUAACUUGAUGCGCAACUCGGUGUGUCGCUCGUCGUAAUCCUCGCCGCAUUUGGUGGGAGAUGGAGUUAAGCAUGGAACGGAUGAUGCAGAGAUCUUGGCGAAGUCAAGGUUUCAGAUGUUCAAGUAAAAGCGGAAGUAGUGAGUGGAACUGUGCUGCUUCAGAGACCAGCAAUGAAGGAUCUGAAAACAGAGCCCCUGGAGUAGUGGCUCGACUGAUGGGUUUGGAUUCAUUGCCAAAGUCAAAUGGUCCCGAGUCCUCCACCUCAUGUUCUGAAUUUCAUCAAGUCAAAGCUUCUCCUUACAGUGAUGGCACCCAUGAUUUUCAAAGUAGAUGUGAUCCAAUUGAUGACCUCAGUAGUUCUAGUAGACUGGGUAGGUUCUCCUCACGCCCUGCAGAAGUAAAGCCCUUAAAGGCGCAGAACCCACCGAUAGAGAGAUUUCAGACUGAAAUACUACCUCCGAAAUCUGCUAAACCCAUUUCCAUUACCCAUCAUAGGCUGUUAUCUCCAAUUAAAGGUCCCGGAUUCAUUCCAGCCAAGAAUCCUACCUAUGUUAUGGAGGCAGCCGCAAAGAUGAUUGAAGCUAGUCCCCGUAAUGUCAGAGGCAAAGCAUCAUCGACUGUUUCAGCAUCAGUUCCUUUAAGAAUACAGGAUCUAAAAAUGAAAUUAGAAGCUUCCUAUGAGGCAUCAAGGCAGCAGAAAGCCAGUAGUUCUGGCAAUGUCAAGGAUAUGAAAGGAAAGUUCACUGAGAAGAGCUACAGAGUUCCACAAGAUACACAGCUGUCCAGGACCGCCGUGGUAUCAGGAAAGGUUAGUUCUGGAAAUUGCAGCUUGAAGGGAAGAUCUUCCCUUGCUGAGCAAGGGAAAGUCAACGUUCAAACAAGAGAGGCAAAGAAUCAGCUCAAUAAGAAAAAUCUUGCAGUUGAGAAAGAGCAGAGUGGGGACUCGAGCCAAAUUUCCAAUGGGCUGCCACGGUGGCAGAAGAGUUCGCUAAGAAAAACUUCUACAAACCGGACAAGCAUUGCGCUCAAGCAAAAUAACCAGAAGCAGAAUUCCCUAUAUGACAGACAGGGUUCACUGUCGAGGGCUUCACGCUCCAAACAACUGGCAGGAAGAACUCAGCCUGUCAAUGGUUCGGUCGGAACAUCUAAGACUGUGAGCAAGAUUGCUGUGAAGGCCCAAACUGGUUCCCCAACAACAUUGGCUACAAAUAUUUCCAAGGAGCUUAAAACAUCUAGAUUCAAGACUCCCACCCACAAAAUAAAUUCUGCAUAUUCAGAUGUCAAUUCGAAUCGAAGUGUCACCACCAAUGUUCUCAUCGACAGUGAUGGUAUGUCUGUCAAGCGAAAUACUGUCAUUGAUGGACGUGUUAAUCGGGGUGUGGAUAGCAACAAAAACAGCAUGGAUGUUAUUUCAUUUACAUUCUCUUCUCCCAUAAAGAGAUGCUCUCAAGAAGCUCGUGCCUGCACUGAAAUGCACAAGAACGGUAACUUUGAUCGUUCUUUUAAUGGCGAUAAUGGGCCAUUAAAUUGUAAAGAUUCCAGUUUAUCAUCUCCAAUUGGAAGUAUAUCCGAUGGAAAUUUUUUGAGCAUUCUCUUGGAACAGAAGCUUAGAGAACUAACUGACAGAAUAGACUUGUCCAAUUGUGACAUUUCCAGGGAAAAGAGUUUGUCUAUGCCUAAAAUUAGCAAUCAAGAAUCAGUUGGCACACUUAACAAUGCAAGCCCUGUGAUAACAGAAAGUGAGGAAAGCUUUCAACAAGGGUUAGAUGAGUUCGUGAGCAGUCCAAAUGUUUCUGGCUGUACUUCAUCUGAUGGUCCCGCAACCAACUCGAAGCAAGAGUGCCAGGUUGUGGAUUCAGAAGAAAUAGAAGAGUGCAGCAGUAGUGCCACCAGCUAUGGUGCUGGAAAAGAUGCUGGAAAAGAAACUGACUAUGAACAUUCAAGCCCGGUUUCAACUCUUGAAUCCUCAUUUGUGAGUGAAAGUUGCGCAGAUAGCAUGAUCACUUACAGUGGCGACAAAGAUUACUCAUCCAGUCAAGCCCCUGAGGUGUUGGACUGGCUCUCCCGAAGAGAAUUUCCAACUGUGGAAUGUGAGGAUGAACUUUCCUGCUCGACCUCUUCUUCUAUGACAGCAGAUGCUGGGACAAAGUGGGCAACAAAAAAAGAAUCCCAUUCAUUGUAUGCGGGUGGUUCGAGAAGUUGGGAACUUAAAUAUGUGGAAGAAAUAAUUGGAAAUGUAAAGCUGAGGUUGGAAGAUUUUGGGGAGAGCGAGCCCAAGUUCAUACGCAACGGUCUCUUCGAUAAAUUGGAGAACCGAGCAGAUAGAAUGGAUAUAUAUAACGAGCACUCCUGGCUGAGGCGCAAACUUUUGUUUGAUUGUGCAAGCGAAUGUCUGGAGGUACGAUGUCGCAAUAUGGUCAAUGGAACCUGUGAAGCAUGGGCUAAGUGGCAUGCAUUGUUCCGAAGAAAGCGCUGGUUAGCGGAGGAUGUCUACAAGGAAAUCUCGGGGCGGAAAACCAUUGGAGAUCUGAUGGUGGAUGAGCUUGUGAACCAGGACAUGAGCACUCGGCAGGGGAAGUGGGUUGAGUUCAAUGUUGAAGUGUUUGAAGAAGGUGUCGAGAUUGGAAAUAGGAUACUAACUACGUUGAUUGAUGAAUUGGUCGCCGAAUUUGAUGCAACCUACGAGAGACAUUGAGUUAUACAAAGCAUCAAUCGCCUCAUUUUCUAGUUCUAUACUUAAAACCUGUGUAGGUGGAAAGGCAAAAAUUAGGAGGGAAGAUUCGAUAGAAAUAAUUUCAUUAUGAGAAGAGAGAAGCUUCUUGAGGUUAAUGAUAUUCCCUGUGUUAUAUCAGGUGAAAGAUGUCUUGUCUCAUUCAAAAUUCACAAACAGGCAAAAGCUUCUUAUUCUUACUGCAAGCUUCUUGUAUGCACAGUCCAUUCUGAUGUUGCGAGUAAAAUACUGUGUAGUCUACUUGUACCCAA